GGUCUGUAAUCAUAGGGCAGUUAACAGCGGCCGCAGCGGCAGAGGUAGUCCGACGAGGUGGAGGAACGAGAGCACCAUGAACACACAGGUGUUUCUGAGGGGUAAUUAGAUAGCUGUGGAGGAGAAAAUACACCUUUGAGUUCUUACCUGUGAACACAAAAGCACUGAGCGAGACAGUCUGAAAGCCAAGAGGAGGAGGUUUGGUCAGUCACACCAAGAGACACCAAAGUUGAAAGUUUGGGUUUUUUUUUUUUUUCUUUUUCUUCUGUUUCAUUUUUCCCGUGUGCCACUACAAUGGUCAGAAAGCCUGUGGUGUCCACCAUCUCCAGUGGAGGUUACCUGCAGGGGAAUGUUAAUGGGAAGCUGCCUUCCUUGGGUGGCAAGGAGCCACCUGGGCAGGAGAAAGUGGUGCUGAAGAAGAAAAUCACUUUGCUGAGGGGCAUCUCCAUCAUCAUUGGCACCAUCAUUGGAGCAGGAAUCUUCAUCUCUCCCAAGGGCGUGCUCCAGAACACGGGCAGCGUGGGCAUGUCUCUGAUUAUCUGGACAGUCUGUGGGGUCCUGUCACUAUUUGGAGCCUUGUCCUAUGCUGAACUGGGAACAAGUAUAAAGAAAUCUGGUGGUCAUUAUACAUACAUUCUGGAAGUCUUUGGCCCAUUACCAGCUUUUGUACGAGUCUGGGUAGAACUGCUCAUAGUACGCCCUGCAGCCACCGCUGUGAUUUCUCUGGCUUUUGGACGCUACAUUCUGGAACCAUUAUUUAUUCAAUGUGAAAUUCCUGAACUUGCGAUCAAGCUCAUUACAGCUGUGGGCAUAACUGUAGUGAUGGUCCUAAACAGCAUGAGUGUCAGCUGGAGCACCCGGAUCCAGAUUUUCCUAACCUUUUGCAAGCUCACAGCAAUUCUGAUAAUUAUAGUCCCUGGAGUUAUGCAGCUAAUUAAAGGGCAAACACAACACUUUAAAGACGCCUUCUCAGGAAGAGAUGCGAGUAUUAUGGGGUUGCCACUGGCUUUUUAUUAUGGAAUGUAUGCAUAUGCUGGCUGGUUCUAUCUCAACUUUGUUACUGAAGAAGUGGAAAAUCCUGAAAAAACCGUCCCCCUUGCCAUUUGUAUCUCCAUGGCCGUCGUCACCGUUGGCUAUGUGCUAACAAAUGUGGCCUACUUUACGACCAUUAGUGCCGAGGAGCUGUUGCUGUCAAAUGCGGUGGCGGUGACCUUUUCUGAGCGGCUACUGGGAAAUUUCUCAUUAGCAGUUCCGAUCUUUGUUGCCCUCUCCUGCUUUGGCUCCAUGAAUGGUGGUGUGUUUGCUGUCUCCAGGUUAUUCUAUGUUGCGUCUCGAGAGGGUCACCUUCCAGAACUCCUCUCCAUGAUUCAUGUCCGCAAGCACACCCCUCUGCCAGCAGUUAUUGUUUUGUACCCUUUGACGAUGAUAAUGCUCUUCUCUGGGGACCUCUACAGCCUUUUGAAUUUCCUCAGUUUUGCCAGGUGGCUUUUUAUUGGGCUGGCGGUUGCUGGGCUGAUUUAUCUUCGAUACAAACGCCCAGAUAUGCAUCGUCCUUUCAAGGUGCCGCUGUUCAUCCCAGCAUUGUUUUCCUUCACGUGUUUCUUCAUGGUUGCCCUUUCCCUGUAUUCGGACCCAUUUAGUACAGGGAUUGGCUUCAUCAUUACUCUGACUGGGGUUCCUGCAUACUAUCUCUUUAUCAUAUGGGACAAGAAACCCAAGUGGUUUAGAAGAAUGUCAGGUUCUCUGGCACUGAUGCCUAUACCAUCAUGUGAUAUGUGAAAUAAAAUGGAUUUUUCUACAGUUUAAUGGUUUCCCUCUGGGGAGAGUUCUGGUACAGCAAUCACACUGCCAGAUGGUGUUUAUGGGCUCUUUGUGUGAAUGGUAAGAUACUAUGAAAUAAGAGUGCUUUCAUCUGAUGGAAAGUCUUGACACAUGUGUUUUUGUAUAGAAUAAAUUUUCGUGCAAUAUGAUGUCACUCAAUUUUGCAAUGAAUUUAAUUUCAUUUGUAUUUAUGUAUCUGCAUACCCGUCAUGCUUCUAGUUGCUUCAAGCUUUGUAUAUGUAUUUUUGUCCAUAUUUUUUACUUGAAAAUAUUUUAAAUGGAAAUAAAAUAAACAUUUGAUAGUUUACAUAA